AUGCAAAUUUUCGUGAAAACAUUGACCGGAAAAAGGAUAACUUUAGAGGUAGAAUCAAGCGAUACAAUUGACCAAGUUAAACAAAAGAUACAAGAUAAAGAAGGUAUUCCUCCUGACCAACAACGCUUGAUUUUUGCUGGCAAGCAAUUGGAAGAUGGGCGUACCUUGUCAGACUAUAAUAUCCAAAAAGAAUCUACAUUGCAUCUGGUACUUAGACUACGUGGUGGAAUGUUUCAUGAAACUAAAUGUCAACAAGAACGCACACUUUCCCAAACUGAAGAACCUCCACAAGAUGAAAUUCAUAAUGAUAAAAAUGAUAAUAGCUCAUGUUGUAUUCCAUUACCCAAUUUGCUAAACCUCAUAAAAUCUUUCAAAAAAAAGAUUGUACAGACAAAUAUUCAUAAACGCUCUGUUGCU